AUGGCUACAGUUACGCAGACCGAUACGAGAUUGGAGACCUUUGAGCUUCGAAGCUCACCCAGCCCGACGCGGAAUGUACUCGAUGACACUGAACCUCCGCAUUCAUCGAAGCCAAGUACCGGGGAACUGCUCAAGAUUCUCAGCGCUGGAUUCAGUUUCUUCGUCGCUGGCGUUAACGAUGGAAGUAUCGGCGCUUUAGUCCCUCAUAUAAUUCGAGAUUACAAUGUCACGACGGCAAUCGUCUCAUCAGUUUACGGCGCGAACUUUAUGGGAUGGUUCUUGGGCGCCUUCUCCAACACUCACCUCUGUCAAGUCUUCGAUCUCGGGUCAAUGCUUACGCUGGGUGCUGUUCUGCAAGUCAUCGCUCACGCGCUCCGGUCUUGGAAGCCGCCUUUUCCUCUCUUCACCAUCACCUUCUGGCUCGCGAGUCUGGGUCAAGCAUACCAAGACACGCACGGAAACACUUACGUCUCUGGAGUAAAGGGCUCUCAUAGGUGGCUGGCGUUCAUUCAUGCGAUGUACAUGGCUGGUUGUCUUGUUGGACCAUUUGUUGCGACUGGUGUUGCUUCUGCAGGAAGUACGUCGAGAUGGUACUUGUUCUAUACAUUCCCACUUGGAAUCGGUGUUUUGAACGUUGCUUUCGUUGUCUACGCGUUUUGGGACACUCUGAGACUGAAGAGAAAGCAACCGCCAACCGAACGUACCCUCGAGGCCGAUGAAUCGCCUGCAUCAAGAAACGACGAUGCAUUUUCCUUGAUAAAGGAGACUCUCAAGAACAAGAAUGUCUGGCUCAUUAGUCUCUUCUUCUUCUUCUUCCUCGGCGCAACUCUCACAGCUAGUGGGUGGGUUGUCGAGUAUUUGGUCGAGGUUCGCAACGGGGAUAUCAAUCAGAUGGGUUUCGUGCCCGCUGGAUUCAGUGGAGGAUCACUACUUGGGAGACUGUUUCUUGCGGAACCUACACAUCGGUUUGGAGUUCGCCCAAUGAUAUUUGCUUUCACGAUUCUCAGCAUCGGAUUGCAAGUUUUAUUUUGGCUGGUUCCGAACAUCAUCGCCGCUUCCAUCGCCAUCAGUCUGCUGGGCUUCUUCAUGGGACCAUACUUUGCCACAGGUAUCUCUGUCGGCUCGAAACUUUUCAAUCCUCGCAUCCAAUCAACAGCUUUGGCAUUUUUGUUUGUAUUUGCGCAGCUCGGAGGCUGUCUGUUCCCAAUCAUCACUGGUCUCAUCGCCGCCAGUGCGGGAGUCUCAAUUCUUCAGCCUGUUCUUUGUGCGCUUCUGGUUGCUACGAGUGUUUCUUGGCUGUUUGUUCCGAUGCCAAAGGAAGACUCAAGCAUGGCUUGCUCAUCGGUCGGUGGCGCUAUACUUGAGAGCAGAGUUUGUGAUAGAGCUGGAGACGAUGGUGACUAUGUUGAGCGUGUUAUGUGGGAUCCUGCACGGGCCACUGACUGGGAGCUUGGGGUGACACAAGGGGGUGCCAGCUCUGACUUUGCUUCCCAAAUCCGCUAUGACGAAUCGCAACCGAGGAGCGAUCGCGGAGCGGUCGAGUAUUUCACCAAGCGUCAAGCAAGCACGGACAAGCACAAAAGAGUCUCCAACAGCCCUCCCUCUUCGUGCGGCCACUAUAACCAUCCUGUCAAGCGCGCCAGGAAAUACUCACCACAUCUCUUUGUCUCAACAAAGGAGGAACGAUGCACUGAACGUCUGGUCCACAUGCGAGACAGACUCGAUAGAUAUAAGCCAUCAACUACCAACGGAAUGUGGCCUCACGUCGUCGGCCCUGAUGUAGCGCCAGCCAGCCAGACUCUUGAAUACGACACCUCUGGCUGGAAGGCCAUUGUCGAUUCCAUGGCGAGCGACAUCAAUGACGGAAACUCGGACAUGUAUGACAGGCAACUCAAUCUGUUCAUGGUCUGUGCCCCGAACACUCUCUGGGACUCAUCUCCUCUUUCUGAUCUCAUGGAGCCUUUCGAAAUCAUCGUCAAGCAACGCGCAACCUCUGAUUACGGAACCCGUUUCCACCUUGAAAUCGACAACUCGGCUUGGGCUGGGAUACCUGCACUUCCCAGUACAGACCUGUGCUACAAACACUCCCUGGACGCAACCGAAAUGUCGGAUGACGGACCCGACUUCGACCAACUCGCCGACUUUUACUGUAGAUCAUUGCACUUUGAGGAGCGGGAAUUGCCAACUGCAUUGAGAGAAAUGCCCAUCCACUACUAUUUAUGGCAAUUGGGACAGAAAGUGACCAGUCUCAGCCCCCGGAAUUUGCGAGGUGUUUUCGUGGGCGCAGAUUUUGUCGAUGAGGUGUUGAAGAAGUAUACGAUACUGAAGUAG